AUGCAUGACACAACAAAGGAAAGUCUAUGUGAACUUCAUAAUUUAAAUAUUGAAACAUCAACUUGGGAUCCAAUUUUAGUUCACAUGCUACUAAAAAAGUUGGAUAAAAAUACACAUUGCAGUUUUGAACAAACUCUUACUAACCCAAAGGAGAUGCCCACAAUAAAACAAUUCUUAGAAUUUUUAGUAUUGAAAUUUCAGUCACUUGAGGCUAUAGGUCUACGAGACAAUGCAGUAUAUAAACCCAACAAAAGGAUAGCCGUAACUAUGGUUUGUUCAGAUCUAUGUAAAGUUUGUAACACAGAUAAACAUCCGAUCUACUAUUGCAAAAAAUUCAUUAAAAUGACUCCUCCUGAACGAUUAAAUUGGAUUGAACGACAAAAACUAUGUGUGAAUUGUUUCAAAUCCGAUCAUAAAGCAAAGGUUUGUGAAGCUGGAUCAUCAACAACUAAUGCAAAGGGUACUCGUAAUUACGUUCUGCUAGCCACUGCAAAGGUGCGCAUUAUUGCAAACAAUGGACGAACGUGUGAUGUUCGUGCCAUACUCGACUCAGGUUCUCAAGUGAACCUAGUAACCCAAAGAGUAAUCAACAAGUUAUCUUUAAUUACCACAAAUUCAAAUCUAUCGAUCGAAGGUAUUGGCCGUCAAUUCGGGAACUCAAAAUCUCGCGUAAAUGUUGAACUGCAGGCUACUAAUGGAAGCUUCAGGACGAGACUAGAGGCAUUUGUAUUGCCACAAAAAAUAUCAGCACAACCGUCACGAGACCUAGAUAUUUCGGAUUGGCAGAUCCCACAGAAUGUAGAAUUAGCAGACCCCAGCUUUAACAGAUCUGGAAGAAUUGACAUGCUGAUUGGUGCUGAAUUCUUUCAUACUCUACUUCAACCAGAACAAUUGAUAAUAGGAAAGAAUUCGCCACUGUUACAAAAUUCGGUUCUAGGUUGGUUGAUGGUUGGUAAGACUAAAACUACAACAGAUAUUAAACCAACAUGCGCUAUUACUACAGGAGAAGUUGGUGAAAUGUCAGAAAUGAUAGAACGAUUUUGGAAGUUAGAUAACAUUGAGACUGCAGAAAGGGUUUUGACUUUAUCUGAGAAAUGGUGUGAAAAUCACUUUACAAAUCAUGUAAAGACAAAUCACGAUGGUCGUUUCAUUGUACGCUUACCUUUCCGCGAUGAUCCCACAACACUUGGUAGAUCGCGUGAGAUAGCAUUCAAUCGAUUUUGUUCUCUGGAAAGGAAGUUACAAAGGGACCAAAAUUUAUACAAGGAGUACAUAAAGUUCAUGGCUGACUACGAGUCAUUAGGUCACAUGGAAAAAGUUUGCCCGAAAGAUGUCAAAGGAGCACAAUAUUUCAUUCCUCAUCAUUGUGUCUUGAAACCUGACAGCACUACAACCAAAUUGAGAGUUGUCUUUGAUGCAUCAGCAAAAACAUCAAGCGGUUUAGCACUAAACGAUAUUUUGCACAAAGGUCCAACAGUGCAAAGUGAUCUUUUUUCAAUACUGUUGCGUUUUAGAAUAUACCGGUUUGUAUUUACGGCUGAUAUUGAGAAAAUGUACCGGCAAAUUCAAGUACAUGAUGAAGAUACAGCACAGAAGCUGAUAAUCUGGAGAAAAAGUGCUGAUGAUAGUAUACAAUAUUACCGACUGAAAACGGUUACAUAUGGAACGAAGUCAGCCCCUUAUCUUGCAACAAAAUGUCUUCAACACCUUGCGAAACAUAAUAUGACCAACUAUCGGCUUGGAGCACCUGCAUUACUUAAUGAUUUUUAUGUAGAUGACUGUUUAAGCGGAACUAACAGCAUCAUUACCGCCUUAGACACUCAACAACAACUUACGGAACUGCUCAGUAAAUCAGGAUUUAAGCUGAGAAAAUGGUGCUCAAAUAAUACACGACUCCUACAAAACAUUCCGAUAGAAGACCAAGAAAUCAACCUUGAUUUAGAUGACUCAGCCAUAAAGCCAACAAAAACAUUAGACAUUAUUUGGCUCCCGAAAUCAGACGAAUUUUGCGGUAAGGCAGAGAUGUCAUCAGAGCAACCUAUCACGAAGCGGAUUGUGGCAUCGGACUUAGCUCGAAUUUUUGAUCCUUUGGGAAUUUUUGGCCCCAUUACUGUAACAGCUAAAAUAUUCAUGCAGGAAUUGUGGCAACAAAACUAUUCCUGGGAUGCGGAACUGUUACCUCAGGCUCAGCUAGAAUGGAAGCGUUUUAGAAAUGACUUACAAACAUUAAAUACUGUGAAAGUACCCAGACAUAUUUUUAAUUCGACGGUUCCCUGUUCGAUUCAAUUACACGUGUUUACGGAUGCAUCAGAGAAGGCAUAUGGAGCAGCUAUGUACGUGCGAGCAAUAUAUAAUGAUAAGACAAUAACAUCGAGACUAUUGUGCGCCAAAUCUAGAAUAACACCAUUAAAGAAACAGACACUUCCACGACUAGAACUCUGCGCAGCAUUGCUGGGAGUCGAAUUAGCAGAAAGAGUUAAACAAGAUUUAAAGUAUCAAAACGUGCCAACCUACUUUUGGUCCGAUUCCGAAAUUGUUUUGUCAUGGAUACUAUCUUCAUCUGCCUCAUUGCACACAUUCGUAGCAAAUCGUAUUAGCAAAAUUCAAGAGAUGUCACUUGCUGAUCAAUGGCAUCAUGUGGCGUCAAAGGAUAAUCCUGCUGACAUCAUUUCCAGAGGAAUGAAAGUUAAAAUGUUCAAUUAUUCACAUAUAUGGUUUUUUGGUCCACUCUUCCUUCAUGGAGGCAACGAAUUUUGGCAACAGCCAAACCCAAAGGCAUUUAACAUCUCAACCGAUAUCGAAAGACGACAAGGACAUACAGUUAACAUUAUCAUUCAAACAACUGGUUCUGAUCACAUGAUAAAUCAAAUUGAUCAUCGAAACUCAUUCAGAUACCUCCAAAGAACAAUUGGUUAUGUUCGCCGUGUAUUUCAUCGCACACAAUCACCAACAAGAACACUUUCUCCAAAGGAAUUACGAGAUGCAUUAGUCUUCAUAAUUAAAACUAUUCAGGGCUCAGAAUUUGCAAAGGAAAUCUCUGACUUAAAACAAUGUAAAGCAAUCAACAGUUCGAGUCAACUAAAUAUUUUAGCACCGUUCAUUGACGAACAAGGUGUACUUCGUGUUGGAGGAAGGCUUGAAGCAUCAACAUUGCCAUAUGAUGCUAAACACCCAAUGGUAAUUCCUUACAAUCACUCAAUAGUGAAAUUGAUGUUCAAAAUGAAACAUGAAGAAAAUUCCCAUUGUGCCCCACAAUUAUUGCUAAGCACAAUGAGACAAAACUUCUGGCCGAUUAAAGGAAAGAUUAUGGCGCGAAACAUUGUUCACACCUGUGUCAUCUGUUCAAAGGCAAAACCAAAACUGAUUGACCAACUCAUGGGCAAUUUACCGACUGAUCGAGUUACUCUGACUAAACCAUUUUUUACCACAGGAGUUGAUUACUGUGGUCCGAUAUGGAUUCAUUAUAAAAUUAGAGGAAAAAGGCCAACAAAGGCAUAUUUAGCAGUAUUUUGCUGUUUCGCGACUAAGGCUGUUCACCUAGAAGUGGUGAGUGACCUGACAACAGAGGCAUUCAUAGCCGCUAUUCAACGUUUUAUCAGCAGAAGAGGAAGAUGCCAAACAAUUUAUAGUGACAAUGCGACUAACUUUGUUGGGGCGAGAAACCAACUACAAGAGCUCCAGUCUACCACUUAUUCAGAAAAUGGAAAAGAAAAGAUCAUUAAGACCAGUAGUAACAAGGGAAUUGACUUCAAAUUCAUUCCACCAAGAGCUCCUCAUUUUGGAGGACUCUGGGAAGCUGCCGUCAAGUCAGCUAAACAUUCAAUGAUUAAAGGAAUUUUCAAUGCUUCAUUGACUUAUGAAGAAUUGACAACAGUCAUAACUGAAAUAGAAGCCAUGUUAAAUUCAAGGCCAAUAACAAAAAUGUCAUCCGAUCCAAAUGAUCUAACAGCGCUUACACCAGGACACUUUCUCAUAGGCGAACCACUUACCACUAAUGUGGAUCCCUAUCAAAAGGAGAGCCGAAUGAGUUUAUCAUCACGAUGGCGUCUAGUUUCUGAACUCAAACAAGAAUUCUGGAGAAGAUGGUCAAAGGAAUAUCUCAAUGAACUCCAAUCAAGGUACAAAUGGAAACAACAAAAGGCAAAUCUAUGCCAAGGUGAUUUAGUCAUUAUUAAAGAUGAUAAUCUACCCAUGUAA